AUGAAGACGCGACAGCGGAGCAGCAGCAUCGUCAAGGUCGAGGAGGUUGGAGCGCGUUCACCGGAUGAGAUCCUCGAUCAGUCAGCGUAUGUUAACUACAACGUAGAAUGGGUCGACCACAAAGCAGGCGCAUGGCUCAUCCACCCGGUGCUCAUCUUGACUGGAAAGAUGCUGCUGGAUACGCUCCCUGGAAUGACACAACAAAUUAGCUGGACGCUCACUAAUCUGCUUUACCUAUCUCUUUCGUACCUCAUGUUCCACUGGGUGACCGGCAUACCGUUUCAAAACGAGAUGCAUGGCGGCGCUUACGACGAGCUAACAUUAUGGGAGCAAAUAGACGAGGGAGCGCAGUAUACUCCGGCCAAGAAAUGGCUUUUCUCUGUUCCGAUCGUUUUAUUCUUGGCCUCAACACAUUACACGCACUACAACCCGUGGCUGUUUGCCAUUAAUUUGACUGCCCUUAUUCUAGUCCUAAUCCCUAAGAUGCCGCAGCUCCAUCGACGCCGCGUACACUUCAUGACGGAAACUCCAGGUACACCCAUUACACCCAGCUACCCUCCAUCUGGAUCGCAGACACCUACCGACUCUAUCCCAAAUCAUGUUCCACCCCCGGCUAUGCUCAGCCAGGCUAUGGCUGGCAAAUUCUCCCCAGGAAAAUAG